AUGGAGAAAACUGAGCACACAACAGUAAGCACAAAUGGCAUAAACAUGCACCUAGCAUCAAUCGGUACAGGCCCAGUUGUGCUCUUCCUCCAUGCAUUCCCGGAGCUCUGGUACUCAUGGCGCCACCAGCUCCUUUCUCUCUCAUCCUUGGGCUACCGUUGCAUAGCCCCUGACCUCCGAGGCUUCGGUGACACCGACGCACCACCUUCCCCUGCCUCCUACUCGGCCCUGCACAUAGUUGGUGACCUCAUUGGCCUCCUUGACCAUCUGGGUAUUGACCAAGUCUUCUUGGUCGGCCAUGACUGGGGCGCCGUCAUUGCCUGGUGGUUCUGCUUGUUCAGGCCUGACCGGGUCAAGGCCUUGGUCAACCUGAGUGUGGCCUUCAGUCCCAGGAACCCAAAGAGAAAGCCUGUCGAUGGUUUCAGGGCCUUGUUUGGUGAUGAUUACUAUAUUUGCAGGUUCCAGGUGUCAAAUAUGAAGAGGAGUUCAUCUUAA